AUGCCUCAAGAUACUGUUCCCUGGGAUAUUUUCCCUCCGACCCCGAAAUUAGACCUAUCUGAAGCCGAGCAGCAGGGACUCGUAAAGACGAAAAGAGGCAUCCGGCUCUGGCAUGCAAUAUUCGGAAUCCCGCUCGAAAAGACUCUGCGCGCUGGACGAGUACCCAUCUUGCUGAUGCAUGGGGGUGUCAGCAGCUCCGACUGGAACGCACUACAGGUCAAAUACCUCGCGCCAAAUCAUACGGUAAUUGUACUUGAUCUGCCGGGGCACGGGCGGUCACCAUUCGACGACCGAGAGCUCUCUUACGAAAAGCUCGCCAGCGACGUUGCGGGGGUCCUGGAUGUUUUGAAAGUUCCCAAGGUGGCGAUUAUUUCCUGGUCUGAAGGGACCAUGCUCGCCUGGUCGAUGCUCGCGUACGACCAGCAUCAUCGCAUCGACCGCGCAUUCUGCUACUCAGCCCUCGACGACUACAGAAAAGCCGAUGCUGAGAAAGUCAUGCAGAUUUGGAUGGUGGGGGAGUAUUUUGCUCGCACGCGGCGAGAAUGGGAGGAGACGCACCCGGGCCAGAAAUGGGACGACUUUCUGGGUGCGUGGAUGACAAUGUGGACGCGGGAGCCGAUUUGGACCGCCGAGACUUUCAAGCACGUUCCUGUCAGAGGGGAGAGUAAAGACGCUCCGAUCGUUUGGAUCGUGACGGGUGAUCAUGAUGAGUGGAUUCCACCAGAGACACACGACCGCAUGGCAAAGUUCAUUCCGAACUCGAGCUAUCUCAAGAUGCCGAGUGCGGGACACCUUACUUUUAUUCAGAAUCCGGGCAUAUAUCAUCGGAUGAUUGAUUGUUUUUUGGAAGAUGCCAAUGUCGUGUCGACGCUGAAGGCCUCACUGUGA